AUGGGAGAAAAACGUGUUGGCCAUAGCAUCGUACAUGCUUCAUUAAGGGGAUCGGACGAUGCCAAGUCAUGCACACUAAUAAUUACCGAAGGAGAAUCUGCCAAAUCAGUAGUUGAGGGAACUAUUCUUGACCGUUCUGGAAGUACUAUACGAUUCCGUGACUUUUUGAAUGUUGAAGUACGAUCAUACGUCUACGAGAGUGUUCGUAGAUCCAUUCCGUCAAUAGUUGAUGAUGGUUCUUGGAUCGAAAAAGUCUCUGACUUUUGCGGUUAUGUGUCGGAGCACUCAGCGUGUCGUCACGGUGAGACUGUUAUCAAAAUGGGUCAAAAUCAAGUUGGAAGCAACAAUUUAAGCUUCUUUGCUUUACAUGGACAAUCUGGAAGUCGGAAUCUUGGUKGACGGGACYAUGCACAACCGAGAUAUAUUUCUGUUUCUCUCUGUCGWCAUACAAGGAAGUUGUUUACCGAUUCAGAUGAUAUCCUCCUCGAUUGGUUGACUAGCGACGGGAUUAACAGGAUAGAGCCAACUUGGUACUUGCCCCCUAUCCCAGUGAUACUUGUCAAUGGCUGUAAAGGAGUUGGAAGUGGAUGYAGUACAUCUAUCCCGAAGUUCAGUGUGCAAGAUAUUGUUGAGAAUAUCAAGCGGUUCAUUAAUCAUAUGGAAAUGGUACCUAUGAAAGCUUCCUACAAGUACACUGUUGAUUGUUUUCAGUAUGAAAUGGUGAUUGUUUUCAGUACUCUAUUUAGGUACACUGUUGAUUGUUUUCAGUAUGAAAUGGAGAUCGUGGACAUAUCAAGUCAUGAGGCAGUUAACUUAACURUGACGGUGACAGGGAAUCUCACAGAGAAAGAUCUCAAACUCACCAAAGUUGUCUCUGAAAACAAUAUGCAUCUUUUCACUCCAACCGGAGUACUCAAAAGUACAACAGUUCUCUUGAAAUAA